GUGUAAAUGUUUUCUUAUCUGAAUUUGCAGUUGCAGCUGUUUUCUUUACAAAUAAUGCAUUGUGAUAAUACGUUCUCCGCAAAAGGUCUAGCUCUGGACGCGAGGCUUCUUACAACUAUGAUCGGCACUAUCGCAUCAUAUCUUUUAAUUGCAAUACAAUUCUUGAUUACUUCGCAUUCUUGUGAUGGAAAGACUGCAAUCAACGUGACACGAGCAAUCUUUUAAAUCAUCAGAAAUAAUCUCAUAAAAAGUACAUAGUUGAUAAUAGAAAUUUAUUCCAUUCUCUAAGCGAGUAUGGAAAAUAAUUCUUGCGAUAUAUUGCGAUUUUCUUUUCUUACAAUUUUGUUUAGCAAUAGGCUUAUAUAAGCAAUUCAGUGAUUAAUGGUUUCAUCUCAGUUUACUCUGUAGGUCAACAGUGAUUUUUUCUACACAUUAUUCUUUGAGAGUUUAGUACUUCUUCAAACAAUGAAGUACCAGGUAAAGCGUAAUAUCUUCA